ACUUUGUGCAAUGCAUAUGUAUACACUAUUUAUUAUGCUAUAAACAAGUUUACUUGUCGCUAUAGUACCGAUUUAAAAGAAAUAUAUUAUCGAUACCGAUUUUGACAAAUAAAAAUCACAAAUAUAGAUAUUAUGGAGAGUACUAUGUACAAAGAGAGAUAUUUUCAGAAUUACUCUCUCAAAUGGACCAAGCUUUAUAGGUUGUUUUAUCCAGCUGGUCGCCAGUUGUAGUUGUCAACCGUAAUGAGCAUCUUGAAAGCAACGCGAAGCUAACCUUAAACUCAAAUUCUUGAUGGCUCGACAAAAUGUCAGAACUCUUCAUGAAAAAGUGAAAUUUUAAAUCAUUAUGAUGGAUUAUCUGAAACAGCCGGUGUUCGAAGUAGGAAAUAUCAACGAAGAUAUUAAUUUUUCAUUGCCACCUAUUUCCGGAGAGGAAUACAUCAAACGAGUGGUAAUAGAAGCCCGACAAUGUGCAGACAUAGUGGUAGCUGAUAUAGAUCCAUCAUGUAUGACACUUUCAAGAGGAUCUAUUAAAACUUUAGCAGGAUGUGUCCAAGCACCGCCGAGUUUCAGCCCAACCUUGGAGUGGCAACAGUAUCAAGUCUCAGACUUUUCAAAUAUAAGACUGUAUGUAAGUCAAUUGAAAGACGAGAUACAAGUGGGUAAACAUAAAUGGAGAGCACCUGAUAUUAAUUUGCCAGACAUAAACGAUCAAAACACUUGGAUCAGCUUCUGUUUAGGUAGCAAAGAGAAAAUUAAACCCACAUUGAAUACUCUGUUUUGCUUCAAUCAAUCAACUGUAGAGCAGGUACUUGAAUAUCUGGUGCACUUUGUGGAAACUGAAAGGAGAAUCGAAUACAAAAUAGGCCAGUGGAUCUACGCGUUACUCGCGAUCUUGGAGCAACCAUUACAGCCUGAUACCUGUUCCUGUCUGCGUUCGUUGGCACGAGCGUGUUCCGUCAUCCGCGCAGAUUCUGUAAAACUUAUUAAUCUUAAUCAAAUUAGAUCAUUGAAGUAAAUUAAUGUUGGAUGUAAAUUAACCAAUGUCAGUCUGUGCUUUGAAAAGAGAGAAGAGAAAAUGUUUACAAAUGUUUAUUUAGUCUUGUUUAUAUCAAUAAUUUAACACUUGUGAAGUGUAUUUUAUAAAAAUUUCCAAAUUUAAUAAUAUAUAUCUUGAGAUAACAUAAAGAGAAAAAAAAAGAACAAACAAAAUUUAUUUUCUCAGUCAAAUAUAGUUAGUCAUAAAAAUAAAAAUAUUUUUAUUUUUGACUUUAAGCGAGUGAAAAUAUUGAUCUCUCCCAUUAGUUUUUUGAUAUCUAGUUGCUAUUUGAC